GCCGCUGUGUUAAUCGCUGUCUCACCAGCAACCACCGUCCGCAAGGUAGUUUAGCGUCAAGCUGGCUAGGAAGCUAACCUACAGAAACACAGAAAUAUCUCUGCACUGUCUUUGGUUAUGCAUUUCGCUUGAAUUUACAGAAGUUACCAGUCGUCCGAGUGAUUGAAUCGAAGGCGCGGUCGAAGAUGCAGUUCAUGCUGUUGUUCAGCCGGCAGGGAAAGCUGCGGUUACAGAAAUGGUAUGUGCCUCUGUCUGACAAAGAGAGGAAGAAGAUCUCCAGAGAUUUGGUCCAAACCAUACUGGCGAGGAAGCCCAAGAUGUGCAGCUUCCUGGAGUGGAGGGACCUCAAGAUUGUGUACAAGAGAUAUGCGAGCCUGUAUUUCUGCUGUGCAGUAGAGGAUCAGGAUAAUGAGCUGAUUACCCUGGAGAUCAUCCAUAGAUAUGUGGAGCUGCUGGACAAAUAUUUUGGCAGUGUGUGCGAGUUGGAUAUUAUCUUCAACUUUGAGAAGGCCUACUUUAUCCUGGAUGAGUUCUUGCUUGGCGGAGAGGCCCAGGAGACAUCCAAGAAGAAUGUGCUGAAGGCCAUCGAGCAAGCCGACCUGCUGCAGGAGGAGGCCGAGGCACCACGGAGCGUUUUAGAAGAGAUUGGGCUGACAUAAACCGUCAUGCUGCUGCCUCGCAGUUCUUUCUCCCAGAUGCAGAUCUGGCAACCUCCCUGUCUCUAUCCUGUCUCCUCCUGUUCAUGGUGUCAGUGUUGUAUGUAUAUAAUCCCCAUCUAUGUACUGUAUUAUUCUGUACUGUACUAUCCUGUAAUGUCCUUUUAAUGUGGUGCCAACUGUGGUUUAAAUGUGUUUCGUAUGUACAAGCUCCCUCACUGUAUUCUGCAGUACUAUUAGCAUACUUCGCUCCCCGAACGUCUUGAAACUCCACAGAGUACAAUGUAGCGACGACAUGAAAACUCCAGCGUCAUAUUAAGGUUAUCCAUCAUCACCGAUUGCAGUUGUAUGCGCUGUUUGGCUUAAAGGACUUUCUAAGGUGCUGUUGUAGCCAUAGUUGGUGCUUCUCGUGUUUUAUCGUUGCAUUCGAGUCAGAGAGCUAAGCAUCUCAUGUCAUGAAAAAUAAUACUCUGUGAUCUUUGAAAAACCCAGAAGUUUGUUUAACAAAACGUACAGCUGUUCUGAAGGUAUUUCUGAAAUCCUCAAAGACUCAAUUUUGUCCGCCACACAAAAAAAAGUUUGAAAGAACCAUAAAAAAGAUUCGUUUUUUUCUUUGAUUAAAGUAAAAAUUGUGCCAGGAGAUACACCAUUUUGUGCCAUUAUUAUUAAUAUUUAAAAAAAAUAGUGGACAGUAUUAUUAUUUUUUUCAUCUAGAUGUUAGAAGAGUAUUGUAAGACUCUAUAAGUAUCUUCAGAACACCAGCAAGCGUUACUAAAUUCCAAGAUUUAUUUUAAAGAUCAGGUAUUUAUUUUUCAGAGGAUCCGAUUCCCAGUUCCGACUGAAAUGUAAUGGUAACACAUGAGUGGCAUCAAGUGGGGCUGUUGUGGGAAUCACUGACACUGUUACAAUCACUUAUACACGCGUAAGUUCAACCCACCAAUUCAGUGAAAUUGAUCAAUUACCCAUAAUCAAUAUCGGUGUAUACAUUAAGUAGGUUUGUACAAGUUUGUGUUUGGUGCUUCCCCUCCAGAACUUAACCAUUUUGUAUUUCUUUUUCAAGACUAAUUUUGGUAACACAUUUAUUUUCUGUAAUUAGUGUCCUGUUUGUUAAAAGUCUUUAUUUUUCUGACAAUUGAUUUAUUUUCUUUACAAAAUCGCUUGUUUAACAUGGAAGUUUGUAAUGGCCUCUGGAGAUAAAUCUUAGGUCAGUCUCUCCCUUAGUCUUAGGUCAGGAUAGGAUAGUGACCAAAAUGAAAGAAACACUGUUUUCUGUAUUACGAUAGUUUGGCUUGCUCUUAAAAAGACUAACAUAUGACCAAAGAACACUGUGUUUUACCUUCUCAAUGGUGUCUAUAGAAGGCUAACAUGGCAGAAAAGGGAUUUAGAACUGCAAUGUAUGUGGAGUUUAUUUGGCCACACUAUACCAGUAUUAUGUAAUUUUUCCAAUCAGUUUAAAGGCAGGACUAUCCUGAGUUUCUUUAUGGAGCAAGAACAUAAGAAGAUGAACUGCACAUAUCAGGGUACAUCAAUAAUAUCCAUUACUGUCGGCUUGUUCACUUGUCAGUAGGAUGCAGGAAAACAGGCCAACAAGUGAUGAAUAGAUAUUCAUCCAAACUGUAUGGCUGUCACAUUUUUUAUCUGCAUUCUUAAAACCACAAAGUGUUUCUGUUGAACAUUCACAAUUAUUAAAAGGUUCAUCUCUGAUUUGGGCAAAAGGAAUCACUUUUUGUAUUAAACACUGCCAACACAUUUGCCAACAUUUUUUUCUUAUAUUUGAAAGUUAUUAACAAUAAAUGUAUUCAAAAAGAAAA